AAUACAGGACACGCCCAGAGACUUUUUGCUUAUUAAUGACAUAGCCAUAAUUACAACCUUGUAUCCAAACCACCACACACACACACACACAUACAGUAUCACGCUGUAUACUAGUAGAUAGUCACAUUUUCAUCAGGCUAAGCCCGCCCCUGGUAAAAGUAGGGGCGCUCCAUGUGACGCUGGGGCUGUUAACAAAAAUCCAGUAUGGCGGAAUCUGUCAGGAGAUGAAUUUCUUCGUCCCCCCCGCCCCUCAGCGCUGAGAAAAGCCCCAGAGGCUAACAUGGGAGAGAAAUAAAAGCCCUGUGGGACACAUGUUGGGACGACUGGCUUCCUCCUGGCCCGUGUAGGUCGGUACUGGUGCUAGACGGCGAGCUGCCGCUCUGAUUGAAGUAGCCAAAUCAAAAGCCUCAUGGGGAUUGGCUGCUGCUGCUGGAAGUCUGUUUCCUGUUUCCAGCCUUGAGAGAUUCUUGAGGGACCGUCCUAAGUGUGGGAUCAGCUGGAACACACACAUUCAAUCACACACAUACACACACACACACACACACACACUCCCAGACAGCCACAGUUUUGGCAGGAUAAUAGCCUCCUGAUAGCCAUCCUGUAAAUCACAUCUGCAUUGCACAAACACACAUCUAUUUUGCAAUACACACACCAAGCCGGGUGCUCACCUGCCACGCUGUGAGGACACCCACCUGACCCACCUGUCAGCGAUGACAUCACACAGCCACCAAGGGAGUUUGGCAGGAAUGGCGAGGGACUGCUGCUGACGUAAACAGUACUACAGACAAGAGGGGAUCCUGGGAAAGGAGCAGCCGCUGGAGGUUCUGAAGACAUCGGCGCUCAACCACAUCCCAACAGUGGACAUCAACUCGGCGCUGCCCCUGCGUCUCCCUCCAGCCGCCAUCCCUAUGGACCUGCGCGUGGACCAUCACCAGCAGCAACAGCAGCAGCAGCAGGUGUCCUCGCUCUCCCCGCCCGGUCAGCAGUCGUCCGGCCCGGGUUCUCUGGGAGGAACGCCCUCUGUGCGCGAGCAGCAGCUGCAGCAAGAGCUGCUGACCCUGAAGCAGAAGCAGCAGAUCCAGCGGCAGAUCCUCAUCGCUGAGUUCCAGCGGCAGCACGAGCAGCUGUCCCGGCAGCACGAGGCCCAGCUCCAGGAGCACAUUAAGCAGCAACAAGAGCUUCUGGCGUUGAAGCACCAGCAGGAGCUGCUGGAGCACCAGAGGAAGAUGGAGAACCACCGUCUGGAGCAGGAGCUGGAGAAACAGCAAAGGGAGCAGAAACUGCAGCUGCUGAAGAACAAGGAGAGGGGACAAGAGAGUGCCGUGGCCAGUACUGAGGUGAAGAUGCGGCUCCAGGAGUUUGUCCUAAACAAGAAGAAGGCCCUGGCCCAGCGGAGCCUCAACCAAGGGGGCCUCCCCAAUGACGCUCCCUACUGGUACCGCAAAACCCAGCACAGCUCUCUGGACCAGAGCUCACCUCCACAGACUGGUGUGUCCACGUACAACCACCCUGUGCUCGGUGUCUACAACCCCCGGGAUGACUUCCCACUGCGAAAGACUGCCUCGGAGCCCAACCUGAAGCUGCGCUCCAGACUGAAGCAGAAGGUAAGCGAGCGGAGGAGCAGUCCGCUGCUGCGCCGUCGAGACAGCCCCAUCACCUCCGCCAAGAAACGCUCACUCGACAUGGCAGACUCUGCGUGUAGCAGCGCCCCUGGCUCAGGGCCAAGCUCCCCGAAUAACAGCUCCAACAACAUCCCCAAUGAGAACGGCAUCACUGUGUCAGUCUCCAACAACACAGAGGCGUGUUUGGCCCAGAGGCUGUGCAGCGGUGCUGAGCGGGGCUCUGUUAACCAGCUGUCCCUCUACACUUCGCCAUCCUUACCCAACAUCACCCUGGGGCUGCCCGCCACUGCCACGGCCACUGCUGCUUCCAAUGUGACGUCGGCCCAGCAGGAUGGAGGUCUGCAGCCGGCCCUCUCCCUCAGCCCUCCCUUCCUCUCUGGUGGCCACUUGACCCCCUACCUGGCCGAGGCCGGAGCGGGAACAGGCGGGCACGGCACGCACAGUCCACUGCUUCAACACAUGGUGCUCAUGGAGCAGAGCCCGGCACAGAGCCCCCUGGUGACAGGUGUAAGCGGCCUGUCUAUGCCGUCAGCAGCAUCCAUGGCCAAGCUGCAGCGACAGCACCGGCCCCUGGGGCGGACCCAGUCGGCCCCUCUGCCCCAAGGGAGCGCCGCGCAGGCUCAUGCCCAAGCCCUGGCCCUGCAGCAGCUGGUGGUCCAGCAGCAGCACCAGCAGUUCCUGGAGAAGCACAAGCAGCAGUUCCAGCAGCAGCAGCUCCACCUCAACAAGAUGAUGGCCAAGCCCAGCGAGUCCCCCGUGGGCCGUCAGCACCAGAGCCACCCCGAGGAGACGGAGGAGGAGCUGAGGGAGCACCAGGAUGGAGGCACUCUGCCGCCGGGGGUCACCAUCAAGCAGGAGCCCCCUGACCCGCAGGAGCUGCAGGAGGAGGCGCUGCAGCAGCACAGGGAGAGGGAGCGGGAGAGACAGGCGGAGCAGGAGCUGCUCUUCAGACAGCAGGCCCUGUUGUUGGAGCAGCAGCGGAUUCAUCAGCUGAGAAACUAUCAGGCCUCCAUGGAGGCUGCCGGCUUGUCAAUCUCCUUCCCCGGACACCGCCCCCUGUCCAGGGCCCAAUCGUCUCCGGCCUCAGCGUCCUCCUUCCCAAUCAGCGUCCCAGCCCCUGAUCCUCCCGUCAAACCUCGCUUCACCACAGGCCUGGUGUACGACUCUCUAAUGCAGAAGCACCAGUGUAUGUGUGGAAACACCAACAGUCAUCCGGAGCACGCAGGCCGGAUUCAGAGCAUUUGGUCUCGGCUGCAGGAGACCGGACUCAGAGCGCAGUGUGAGUGUAUCCGUGGGAGGAAGGCCACUCUGGAAGAGCUGCAGACAGUUCACUCUGAAGCCCACGUCCUGCUGUACGGAACCAACCCACUCCGACAGAAACUUGAUUGUUCAAUCACCCCCAUGUUCGUACGGCUACCGUGUGGAGGGGUGGGGGUGGACAGUGACACCAUUUGGAACGAGGUCCACUCCUCCAGUGCGGCUCGUCUCGCUGUCGGCUCUGUAGUGGAGCUCGUUUUCAAAGUAGCUACUGGAGAGCUGAAGAAUGGUUUCGCUGUGGUCCGCCCUCCUGGACACCACGCAGAGGAAAGCACUCCCAUGGGUUUCUGCUACUUCAACUCUGUGGCCAUCGCAGCCAAACUGCUGCAGCAGAGACUCAACGUCAACAAGAUCCUCAUCGUGGACUGGGACGUUCACCAUGGCAACGGCACCCAGCAAGCAUUCUAUGAUGACCCCAACGUCCUUUACCUGUCUAUUCAUCGCUAUGACGACGGAAACUUCUUCCCUGGAAGUGGAGCACCUGACGAGGUGGGCAGUGGGCCCGGAGUCGGGUUCAACGUCAAUGUUGCCUUCACCGGAGGCCUCGAUCCACCCAUGGGAGAUGUGGAGUACCUGGCUGCCUUCAGGUCAGUGGUGAUGCCCAUAGCCAGUGAGUUUGCUCCGGACAUCGUGCUGGUCUCUUCUGGCUUCGACGCUGUGGAGGGACACCCUCCACCACUGGGUGGCUACACUUUGACAUCCAAAUGUUUUGGCUAUCUGACCAGGCAGCUGAUGACCCUCGCUGGAGGCCGGGUGGUCCUGGCUCUAGAGGGGGGUCACGACCUCACCGCCAUCUGCGAUGCCUCUGAGGCCUGUGUGGCCGCCCUGCUAGGCCAGGAGCUGGACGCACUGCCGAAGGCCGUCCUCGAGCAGAGGCCCAACCCCAACGCUGUUCGCUCUCUGGAGAAAGUUUUAGAGACUCACAGUAAGUACUGGCGCUCGGUGCACCGCUACUCACCGCAGCUGGGACUUUCCCUGCUGGAGGCCAAGCGAGGAGACUCGGAGGAGGCUGAGGCCGUCAGUGCCAUGGCCUCUCUCUCUGUGGCCAACACCAACGCCAUGGAUCAAAGCAGGCCAGAGGAGGAACCCAUGGAAGAGGAGGAACCACUGUAACAGAGGGAAACACGAGGGUGUCACACUGUUGCGAUUGACCUCUCUGGAGAGGCCUCUUUGAGCUGCGAAGAGUCUCGACCGAUCCCUUCAUUUAGUCCCCCUAACCCCACUCACCACGUCAGUCACCUUGAUUGGCGGCCCCUCGGCCAAAACGAGGGAGAGGGGGUGGGCUCAGCCUCAAGAGUAGGGAGCCAAUCAGGAGACAGAGGACUGAAUUGGGGGAAAAAAUUUAAACAUAACAGCGUUGCUUGGCAGCGCUCGCUCAGAGACACUAAUUUUUUUCUGUCAGUCUUCGCAACCCCACGUUAGCCCACAGCGACUAACCAAGUGACCAAGGCAGCAGGCGAGUGUAAUUUGAGUUGGGGCGAGAUCAGGUCUCGUCAUAGAAAGGUGUGAUAACACUGCAGAAACAUACGGUGCUUUACACAGCUGCCUUCUGACCACAUACAGUAUGGACACUAGGGACAGCAGACGUUCCCAGCUGUCAAACACAGCUCGGGAGUUUCUUUUCUCUUUUCUCAACUAUUUUUCCCUGCAAAACAAGGGCAUCGCGGCAACUGAGAUAAUAUUUUACAAGAUGCGUUCACUGUGGACUUUGCUCGGCCGAAGUUUGAGUAGGCUUUUACAAAGAUUUGAUGACGAGACUGUCGCCUCGCCGGACCAGCCUGUCGUUGAAGGUUGACGAGUGAGAGGAGUGCCUUGGUGAGGGUCCGCUGGACUUCAGGAUUGUUCAGGAAAAGAUUGCCUUAAGUCAAAAGAUUUUUUUCUCGCUGAGGAGUCGGUGCGAGGGAUGGAGACGGAGAGUUUCCGGUCCUCUUGGGGACGAGAAUGACAAAAAUAAAGCAAACAAUCUUUCAGCAUGUUUACUUGGAACUUGACGAAGACAACAUUUAUGUCUGUCACAGCCUCUCUUGAAGAGUUACUUUACUUUUGGAUGGAUCUAUUUUUCUGUAAAAAAGAAAACGCUUUGUAAAGGUAGUUGCCAGCUUCAGUAGAAAAACGGUGCAAACAUGGAGACCUUCAAACAAGGAAAUUAGAUUGAAAACUCUCAAAAAGGUUUAGCCUUUGAUGUAGCUUCCCUUUAACUGAAGUCAUUGCUUUGUAAACACAUAAAGCAUGCAUUUGAGCAGAGAGAUCAGACGUUUUUGCAAGAUUUUUGAAUGUUAUCCAAAAGAGAAAGCCAAGCAAGAAAAGCCAAAGCAUGAGUUUGCAUAUACAGUAGUACUUUCACUCCACAUAGCUGGCAAGUCGACAAACAUUUCUCAUAUUGGCCCUUUCAGAUAAGGCUCACAAUACUCAGUUCAUUGUUUACUGAUUUAAUCCUUCACAGAUCGAGUGAGCAUUUCUGUACGUGUGCCGAUCGGCCUCCCAUGCUUUGCCGGUUGGCAGCUACCUUGGUUGCUAGUGUGAGCUAAACAUUAGUCAUGUAUAUUGAAUUGAAUAUAUUUUGAGAGGCAGUAAUCGAGUAUUGCCUGUUUGUAUCUACAUGUAUGAUUUCCACAUCAAGUUGUCGAUUUUUCAAUAUCAAAAAUGUGUUUGGUAAGCGUGUCCACUUUUUAUUUUUUAUUGUAUAAGAUUAUUUUUCUAACUUUUUUCAUCCAUAGAUUUUGUUCUGUGUUUUUUAUCCGUUUUCUGGAUAGUUAUAGGGCUGCCAUUCACAUACUUAGUACUAUUGUCACUUCUUGUUCAAAACUUUCUUUCUUUCUUGUAUUUAUCAAAAAUAACGAGCAACACUUUCUUUCUUUCUUUCUUUCUACGGCUCUCUCGGCCGUUCUGCAUUUUCAUCAAUUGUGUAUUUAUAACGUACUGUUUAUAGGAGAUUUGUAUAUGGAAAAUUUAUAAAUGUACUCUAACUAAUGACAGCUAUGAUAAUUGUGAGCGAAAAACAGUAUGGCGUAUGAUAUUACUCCAUGAACUUUUAAAAAAGCAGCAUAUUUAACUCGUCAUCGACUGCACUGUUUUCAAGUUGCCCUCAAGUGAAAUGCGGUCAUUACGCGGCACUGCAAUUGACUUUUCAACACCUUCCGAGUAAAACAUUUGAUCACUUUGUUGCCUAAUUGAUACAUUUCCCUCUUGUGCAUGGGUGAUAUGCACUUACCUUUCGACUGUGACAACACAUCCAAAAAGAGGUUUAGGGGCCGUUUUAUGUAGCUAGCUGAGUUUAACUGGGCAGGAAAAGAUAAGGAGGGGACACAGAUGUCAAGAAAGUGGAAAGUUAACUAGUUUUGGAUGGAAAACAUCAGCCGAUCAUUUUAAAAUCUCUUUCUGAGCAUGUGUUGCACUAUCGUGUUUGACUGUCCAUAACAUCAGUGUGUCCUUCUUCCCUUUUCCUGCUUGAAUUCAACUGAUCUGACACCAUCAGAUUAUAUUCAAAUGAACCCCCAUCUGUCAGCUGCUUUGUUAAACACCUGAUUAAAGACGACUAUCACGUUUAUUUUAAGUUGACAUAAUUUUAUAAACUUGUAAAAUUUGAGAUUAAGUUGAUAUUUUUUCAUGUCUAACAAAACAUUCCACUUGUUAAUCAUUUAAUUUGGCUUUUUUUUAAAUAUUAAUUUGAGUUUUUUUUGUAGAAACCUUUAAUACUACUCUUUAUUUUUCGCCGUCUGCUCGCGCCAACUUUAACUCUUUGCAUGGUUUGUGAGUCAGCAUGCCUGCUUGUCUAUGUAACAAAAAUGUAUUUGCACAACAGAAGAAGAACACUGGAGGACUUAAAAAAGAAAAACCUCCCACAGCAACUCCCAAGAGCACCAGGCAGGACAGUUUUCUUCCUCUCUGGUGUACAAACAAUUCAAAAGACUUUGUCCAAAUGACUCCACUGAGACACAUUUGAUAUUGUUCUUAUUGAAUAUCGUUUCCAAUAAGUGAUUUUAACAUGAUUCAGCACUAACAACAUGUAUGGACUGUGCUAAAGAGAAACACGCUCUGCCAAACCUCUGCUACAUUCACACCUUAAAGACUCUCCCAAAGAAUGUUCCUCUUUCAAAGAUUUUUGAACGGGCACUAUAACGGUAGAGAAAUGACGGAUAUCGGUUGAGAAAAGGUUUGGUAAAAGGGCAUCGUUGUUUUGAUUGUCACACCCACCUCAGCCAGUUCUAUAUAUAUAACCACUGUGGCUCAAGAGCAAUUCUCGGUUUACAUGUAAAUGGAUAAAAAAGUUAUUUUUUGUUUGUUGUUUGUCUCUAUUGAUGAAAAAUGUUAUCUUUCUUUGGGACCUACGCUUUGGACAUUUCAUCUCUGACAUCAUCUAUAAAAUAUAUUUCUGAAAAAUA